AUGGACUCUGAUUAUGUGUUCAGGCCCAAUCAAGCGGUAAACAUACAGCUUCUCAACCCGUUUUUAUCUGUCAGGUUUUGCAGGUUUGAAGGCACUUUGCGAAAUUCCUCUAAUCCCAAAUUUAAGGAGAAGUUUAUUCCAAACAUCCAGCUGUUUUUACGAAGCGAUCGUCUCAGCAUGAGUGAGUGGAAGCGACUUUAUCACUUCAACAACCCUUUCGGCUACAUGGGACAAUAUUACGCAGCCACAAAAGCAGCUGUUGACAGCAUCAACCUGUUUCUACAAGUACCCACAAGAUCGAAGGACGUCUGUGAUGUUGGGAAAAGGACGUGUGUUUAUGUGCACACAGCACAUCCCUCAAUCCAGUCACUCAUGGUUAAUAAAAAGAGAUUCCUGCUGACUAGGUGUGACAUUAAAUAUGUUCAUCCCGAGGGUCCAAGAGACUACAACUUUCUUGAGUCUCUUAUGAAGAAUAGAAAAACACCUUCAGGAGCAUAUCGUGGACGAAAGCCAAGCAAUUAAUACAGCGGCCAUUUUAAUGAAAGCUCUUACUACAUCCUCCAUCCAGACUUUCUCAGAUAUGUGAGUAACAGGUUUCUUAGGGCAAAAUUAUUGAAAACAAAAAGAUGGUGGCUGGUCAGGCCAACUAAUGGAGCAUUUACUCUUCUGCUGGCCAUGCACACAUGUUGUAAGGUGUAUGCCUUUAGCGCUGAUGAUUAUCGCAAACAUUACAACUGCUACUAUGACACCAAACGCACUAAACUAGUGUUUUAUGCUAAUUAUGAUUAUCGUUUGGAGAUGAGAACCAGGAAGAAAUUUCAUGAUGACAAAUGUAUCUGGAUGUAUUUGGGAAAAUUUGACACCUAA